CGCGCCGGAGUGCGCCUGCCGAAUCUGUGGAGUCUUGACCUGGAAGGUUCGUUGGUCGACCAGGCCGGGAUUGCCGGUCUCGAGCGGCUUCCAACGCUGCGCCUUCUUCUGCUGUCAAAUACUGAUGUGACCUCGCUGAGGCUGAUUUUGAAAAGCGCAUCCCUUCAGCGGCUCGAGGUGAAGUUCAGCCGCUUGAAUGAGAAGAGGGCUUUCUUCGGUGUGACGAACGCAUCGGCGCUGACGGAUGUGACGUUGACGCACUGCGACGUCUCCGAUGUCAACGAUCUGGGUGUGUGCAAGGAUCUGCGACUGCUCAACAUGUGGUCGUCCAAGGUGACUUCGGAGGGCAUUGCUGGGUUGUGCGAUGCAAAGUCGUUGCAAGAGGUUGAUCUUGCCAAGACCUCGGUAGCUGACAUCAGCCCUCUUCUGAGUUGCACGAAAAUACAGGGACUAGUCUUGUACAAGUCUUCAGUGAGAUCCCUCGACAGGAUAGGGACGCUCCAGCAGCUUCGCCGCCUCGACAUCGCCGAGACGCCUGUCUCGUCAAUGCAGUGUCUGUCGGAUUGCAAGAGCUUGGAGAUCUUGAACACUUUCAGCACGGCCGUUGACGAUGACGGAUUUCAAGGGAUCGGGCAAGCACAAUCCAUCAAAGUGUUGUUGAUGUCGUUUACUGCUAUUGCUCAGCUUGGACAGCUUGGACAGUGCUCCCAUCUUGAGGAGCUGCACGCCCAAUUGUGUCCGGUGACAUCGGAGGACCUCGUCGGUCUCGAGAAAGCCUGGAACCUUAUCAAGCUGAAUCUCUCGUACACCAAGAUACAGGGUUGCAUUCGACGUUUUACCAACUGCCACAGGUUGCUGGAGCUCAACGUCAAGUUCACUGAGGCUCCGUAUGAUGAGGUUGCCUACGUCGAACGCCACCUUCCCGGUUGCCGCGUGCUGAAUAAUGCAACGCAGCGCAUAGCGAAGGGCGUCACCUUGCUGUCCUAG